CAGAGGGAGGCAUCAGAGCCACUGCACAUGAUUUUUCUAAGACACAACAUCCAGAGAAAAGGCACAAAUAGUAUUAAAGCUGCCACCUUUAAUGCAUUUAGUGAGCUUAGAAAUGUGCAGAUGCGUUCAUCACAGUGGCGUAAAAUAGCCCUACCAGUGUCGUGCGUAAAAGUUUGUUUUUCUUUUGGAGACCAUGCGAAGCUUCUCGGAGCCGUGCGUCCAUGGCGAGAAGCCACAAGCCUUUUCAACACGAGUCGGAGAUGCGGUCCUUCAAAGGGCUAUCAUGGACGGAAAACCGCUGUUCCCUGCUAUCGCUUUAUCCUCCGGAGGAUCAGCAGAUCCCAGUUUGGAUACCAGUGCUGACGCGAUGGUUCACACUUCGUCACCGGAGCAGUCUGCAACUUUAUGUCGGCCUCCAGGGGGGAGGGAAGUGGCAGAGGAUGAGCCGAAAGUUUAUUUGGAAGCCAGCGAGCUUUGGAGAGAGUUCCACAAAUGCGGCACUGAAAUGGUCAUUACAAAAUCUGGGAGGCGCAUGUUUCCGCCGUUCAAGGCCCGGUGCACCGGGAUGGACAGAAAAGCCCAGUACAUUCUUCUAAUGGACAUCGUGGCAGCGGAUGACUGCAGAUACAAGUUUCAUAACUCCCGCUGGACGGUGGCGGGAAAGGCAGACCCGGAGAUGCCCAAACGCAUGUACAUCCACCCGGACAGUCCGGCCACAGGCGAGCAGUGGAUGUCAAAAGUGGUCACCUUCCAUAAACUGAAACUGACCAACAACAUAUCUGACAAACUCGGAUUUACGAUUCUUAAUUCGAUGCACAAAUACCAACCAAGAUUUCAUAUAGUCAAGACAAAUGACAUCCUCAAACUGCCUUACAGCACUUUUAGGACAUACAUCUUCCUUGAGACUGAAUUCAUUGCAGUGACAGCUUAUCAAAAUGAUAAGAUCACACAGCUGAAAAUAGACAACAAUCCUUUUGCAAAGGGAUUUCGAGACACAGGAAACGGAAAAAGAGAAAAGAGAAAACUACAACAUUCAUCACAAAAGUCUAAAGAGAUGCGGAUGACUGACAUGAAACCUGAACCUGUAAAAGAUUCAUCCCCACAAUAUUCAGACCAUUCCAGAUCUUCAGAUGUCCAUGAAAGUGACAGCGACAAAGAUGACAGUGGUGAGGACAUUGCUGGAGAAGUGGAGCACAAAGACAAAAAAGAAUCUAAACAUGAGCCAGAAGUUUCCUUUACAGAAGGGACAGUACAGUCUCCAGCUGAAACACUGACAGAAAUGGACCCCGGACAAUGCCAUGCCAUCAGCAUAGGAACUAAUGGAGCGGGUCGCUGUGCGCCAUCAGACUCAGAGAAGGAACAAUUGUGCAAAUUAUGCAGCGGUUCUGUGCACAGUUGUGACUAUUCCCCAGAAUUACAUGGAGAUCAAAGGGAUCUGAGUCUCCCCAAUAACAUUUUGCACUCUAACCAGGUGAACACCUGGUACAGCUGUGCUACCAUGAACACAACAGUACUGAAUGGGCCGAGCCUGACAUCACCUGUCAGGACUCCAGGAAUUCCAGGGUUUCCUAUCAGCUUUCAGCAGCACAUGCUGAUGCAGGACCUGGUGAACCUUUCACACUACGGACGGACUCUGUUUUAUCCAUAUUCCAGCCCCUCUGCAGCAUCAGCUCAGUACCUCAUUCCACCAUUGUGGUCCAGAGUGGAUUUCAGAACCUACCCAAGCAUCCACAGCCAAAACUAUUUCACUGCUACAAUUGCACCUUCAUCAGUUACUCCUCUGGGUGGUGGUGGAUUGAAAUAUCUCACAUCUGAUUUGCUAACGCUACCCACAACAAAGCAAAAGAACUCAGUGGAUGAAAAUGAAAUCGACUACAGUCAAGACAAGUCACCGUCAGGGUGAAAUUCUGACUUGUGAGGAAUUACUGCUCUUAAAAGUGUCGCUGUAUGUGGUCUACACACUCACACCUACAGACUUGAAAAGCUGUUCUAUCAUGGGAAUGACUCCAAAUACAUUUCAAAAUUACCAUUUGUUGUUAUCAAUGCAUUUGUAAAAUCUCAUCUAUAUACAUCUGCAUCCUACUGACCUCAUAACUUAAGACUGAGUCACUGUGGUGCAAGCAUUUUACAAAAGCAUUAUACAGACAGAUGUAUUAACAAAGUUUGGCUUAUAAAAUAUGAACUGGCCCUGAUUGAAUUAAACAGAUUAUCCAGUAUACUAUAAUAGAAAAAAGCAGAAUGAUCUUUCUGGUCUGUUCUCUAGUGAAAUGUUAUUUGACAUAUGAAAUACUUAGCUUAAAACACACUUGCUUUCUUGGCUUUUAAUGCAUUGAUGCCUACAAGUAUCAGUGUAUUUGUCCAUGAGAUUAUGUACUUUUUUCCUCAAAGAUUAAAA